UAUACUUACAGCCCGAUUCUGUGCACUUGAUAAAUUCACCAUCUUGCUUAUUUAUCAAAAUUUAUUAUUUAUCAAGUCUUUGGUAUUCUGUGUCAAAAACCAAAAGCUCUUUUCUAGAUAAAUUAUCAAGAUGUCAAAUGCUCUUGACAAAUUCAACAGCUGUUUGUGAAAAUAUUGUGAACACAUUUUAAUUGUAAUUUUGAUUGAAAUUAAAUAAAAUAAAAUGGAAGAAGACAUAUUAUUAUUGUUGCUGUUAGAAGAGGAGGAAAAUUUAGAAAAUAGAGAUCGCGCGCGUUAUUUCAGGAGUUUGAGGGAUUCUACUGAUCCAUUUGCCCUCAGUGAAAGUGAGUUCAUGAAAAAUUUCCGACUGCCGCGUGAUAUUUGCCGGAGUCUAAUAGAUGACUUACGGCCUCAUGAUCAACAAAAGACUUCAUUGCCUUUGACCAUUAGAGUCCUGGCAACUUUAAAUUUCUUUGGUCACGGUUCCUACCAAAAAUGUGUCGGUAAUAACUGCAACUUGCCAAUGAGUCAGUCGUCACUCUCGAGAAGUAUGCGGGCCGUGGCCAAACUUAUAGUAAAAGUUAAAGGAGAAGAAAUAAAAUUUCCUAGUUCCACUGAGGAAGAAAAUAUAGUCAGAACCGGGUAUGUACAUACAUGUGUAUUAAAACAAUUGGAUUCAUCUAAAUUCACUGAGUUCAAUUUCAGAUUUUUCACAAAAUACGGAAUAAAGAGUACCAUAGGAGCAAUCGACUGUACACAUGUUGCAAUUAUUGCUCCUGCGUCAAAUAAUAUUGAACGUCCCCUUGGCUUAUAUUUAAAUAGGAAGGGCUUUUACAGCAUUAAUGUCGAAGCGGUAUGUGAUCACCGUUUAUGCUUCACGUUUCUGAAUGCUAAAUUUCCGGGUGCGACACAUGACUCUGGAAUUUGGGCAACUUCUGACCUACGAGAGCAUCUCAUUCGUCAACACACCAAUGACUCUGUAGGGCACCGAAGGGAGUCGUGGCUGAUUGGUGACCAAGGUUACCCUUUAGAACCUUGGCUCUUAACACCGGUCGGAAAUCCUAGUACUUCUCAAGAGCGAAAGUAUAAUAAGCUACAUUGUACUGCCAGAAAUUGUGUUGAAAGAGCGUUCGGAGUUUUAAAAUCGCGUUUCAGAUGUUUGCUGAAGCACCGGGUUCUACAUUAUUCCCAUGAAACGUCCGCAUUAAUAAUAAAGCAGUUGUGUUAUACUGCAUAAUAUAAUUACGAAAGCUGGUAUUACCAUGCACGCGGUGGACAACGAGGUUGAAGAAGACUCUGACCAUGUAGUUAAUUCCGGUGACUCUUUGCAGUAUACACGAGAAGGUGAAAGGAUAAGGGCAAGAUAUAUAUCUACACUUUAACACAUUAUUACACUAUACACUACAUUACUACUAACAAUAUGCAUAUAUACACUGCACAAUGACAUUACACAUUAACCUACUCCUGUUACAUUAUCCGUCUAUUAUUACACAAUAUAACGACUGCUAACAAUAUGUGUAUACACAAGUCAUAUGUAAACAGAAUAUCUAAACAGAAGCACACAUCACCGCACUUAAAAGUAACCCCUGCAUAGCCUGUGUCAGGCACAUGCUAAGCUGCUCGGUCUGAGUCACGACAUCUUCAGCUACAGAAUAACACAACCAGAUAUAAUUAUUAACAACAUUGUUUCAUUAGUUUAAUUCAUUAGUUUUAAUAAUUUAUUUUAAUAAAAACAAAUUCCAUUAACAUACAUACAUAUGGAUAUGUACAAACAAGAAAACAAACAAGAAAACUAAAUUUUGAAAAAUAAGGAAUUAAAAAAAAUAUAAAAUGAAUUUCAACUCUAAUGACCAGAGUUUUGUUUCAAAACAUUUAUUAAAUCUGCGACAACUCUUGUUAGGUCAUGGAUGGCAUGUAUUACUUCCCGGUGCUCCCGACGCUGUUCCUCUUCACGACGUUGCCUGUGCUCUUCAGCAGCAUUCCUCUUUGCUAUGUUAGCAAUAAGAGUGCUAAUAAGCUUAUUGCGCUCCCCUCGUGAUGGCCGUGAUGUCCUGGCAUCCGAAUCGAUGUCAAUCUUAAAAAAAAAAUAUUAUUAAAAACUACGUAAAGGCAUAUGUAUGUUUGUAUAUAUGAAUAUAUAUAUAUGGGCAUAUGUAAAUACAUAUGCAUUAUGCAAAUAUGUAUACAUAUACAUAUAUGCAUAACUAUGUAAUAUGUAUAGGUACUCAUAUAGAUACGAGUAUAUUGGUGCGAAUUCUUGGGUUCCAAAUUUAAAGUUUGUUAAAUUUAUAAAAAGUUCGUAUGAAGCUAAAAUCUUGGGUUCAUAUGGAUUUUCUUUGCGAAUAAAUAAAAGAAAAAUAACCCAAAAAAAGAAAAAAAGCCAGUGCGUUUAACCAGUGGCCAGGGGUUUAUGUACUUGGACAUUGUAGAAUAAAAUAGAAAUUACAUACCUGAUUAUCCGGGCUAAAUAACGGUGAAUCAUAUGGAGAUAGUGGGUUUGGCGAUGGCAGUGUGUUUGGCGAUGGCAGUGUGUUUGGCGAUGGUAGUGGGCCUGGCGAUGGCAGCGUGUUUGGCGAUGGUAGUGCGGUUGGCGAAGGUAGUGGGUUUGGCGAUGGCAGUGUGUUUGGCGAUGGCAGUGUGUUUGGCGAUGGUAGUGUGUUUGGCGAUGGUAGUGGGCCUGGCGAAGGUAGUGCGGUUGGCGACAAUAAUAGGCUUGGCAGUGGUGCUGAACUAGGCAGCCCUAAACCAAAGCUUUCAACAGUUUCCACUCCAUCCACAGCUAUUGAUCCAAAAGCUGCCAAAGAUUUUUGUUCGAAAUCAGUCAACGGCUUGCCACAGGGCCCCCCUCCAGUGAGCCUCUGCUCCAUUUUUAAGCGCCUUGCCCGCGUACGUAGUUGGCUCUUCCAAACACCCAUUGUCUGUAAAUCAAAAUCAUUUAACAAAUGUAGAAAAUAUCAGACGAAUUACCUCUUUCCACUUAGCUGCAGUACGAGAUGGCCCUCUGCACGCAUUUAACUGCUCCGCCAGCUGCCGCCACAAAUCCUGCAUUUGUCGAGGCGAUUUUGGCGUAUUUUUUCCGAUACCCAUUUCCGGAUGCGCGCGGCAAAAUGAAAUGUAAGUUUCUAAUUGUUCGUGCGUAGCACGUUGGUUUUUUGGUUUCCUAUAAAUUGAAUUAAAUAUUAAACCAUUUAUUUCUUUAAAAUUAACAAUUAAUAAUAAUGAAUACUUACGUUGUUGAAGAAUCCAUUUCGCACUAAACAGCUGAUUUCUGUUUACAUUAUUUUGUUCACCACAGUAUGGUGAAAAGCGAUUCGUGCUGAAGCUUUAAGUUUUAUAAAUAUUUGCACAGAAUACCAAAAAGCUUUUGGCUUGAUAAAAAUCUUGAUCAAUAAACAAUAUUUUGAUAAUUUGUUAAGUGCACAGAAUCGGUCUGAUAAUAUG